AUGAAGCGGAUGGUGUACCAAGUCGUGCCCGUGCCCGGCAGGCCGAACGUGUACCGCCCCGCGCCCGCGCCGCUGCACGCCAAGCCCUCCAAGCCCGACGGCGGCAUCUCCUCGGCGGCGGACCUCCUGCAGAAGGAGAACGAGCUCCUGAAGUCCACCCUCCAGGCGGUCACCCAGGGGGGGGCGUCCUCCGCCUCCGUCGAGGCGACGACCGCCAAGGACGAGGUCGAGGAGAAGGAGGAGAGCGUGGACGACCCUGAUGUCUCGGCCGACGACUACUGGUCGCCGGUGGUUGGGGCUGGUGGAGAGUUCGUGGAGCGCUACGGGAAGUUGUCCGACCCGCCGGUGCACGACGGGACGCAGUGCAUACAAUGGGACAACACGUUGAGCACGCACACGGACCACUUCAAGUACCGAUUUGGCCUUUUCAAGAAGAUUCGGCACAACAUUGAUAUGAACGAAGGUGGCUUGGACAAGUUUAGCCAAGGCUACAAAUACUAUGGCUUCACUCGUGGUGAGAACGAUGGCCAGAAGGGAAUCUGGUACAGAGAGUGGGCCCCAGGCGCAAAGGCUCUUUGCUUGCUUGGUGAGUUCAACAACUGGAAUCCAGACGAUAGGCACUGGGCCAUCAAGAACGAAUUUGGCGUUUGGCAGCUCUUCCUCCCUGACGGCCCUGAUGGCACCUCUGCAAUCCCCCACAGGUCAAAGAUCAAGUGUAGGUUAGAGACAUGUUUUGGUGAGUGGGUGGAGCGCAUACCAGCAUGGAUCAAAUGGGCCACGCAGGAGUGGCACGAGGUGCAAUUCAAUGGAGUGUACUACGAGCCACCUGAGAAGGGAGUGCCUGGGGUUAUAGAGGAAGGAAAGUCAUACACGUUCAAGUACCCCAGGCCGGACAAGCCCGCCAACUUGAGGAUAUAUGAGUGCCACAUUGGCAUGUCCAGCAAGGAGGCAAAGAUCAACAGUUACCUGGAGUUCAAGGAUGAGAUGCUGCCAAGGAUACGCAGCCUAGGGUAUAAUGCGAUCCAGAUCAUGGCGAUUCAGGAGCAUGCCUACUACGGCAGCUUCGGGUACCAUGUCACCAACUUUUUUGCGGCCAGCAGCCGAUUCGGCACGCCCGAUGAGCUCAAGGCGCUGAUCGACGAAGCCCAUCGCAUGGGCAUCAUCGUCUUGAUGGACAUCGUGCACUCACAUGCGUCCAAGAACACCAUGGAUGGCCUCAACAUGUUUGAUGGGUCAGACUCGAUGUACUUCCACUCUGGCGGGAAGGGAUACCACUGGAUGUGGGACAGCAGGCUCUUCAACUAUGGCAACUGGGAGACCCUCAGGUUUCUGCUGUCCAACUCGCGAUGGUGGUUGGACGAGUACAAAUUCGAUGGCUACCGCUUUGAUGGCGUCACGUCGAUGAUGUACCACCACCAUGGGCUACAGAUGGAUUUCACGGGAAAUUACGACCAGUAUUUUGGCCUGGACUGCGACGUGGAUGCCGUCGUGUACCUGCAACUGGUUAACAACCUGUUGCAUGACCUAUUCCCUAACUGCAUAACUGUUGGGGAGGACGUCUCUGGGAUGCCGACCUUCUGCCGUCCCUGGCACGAGGGCGGUGUGGGAUUCGACUACCGACUCCAGAUGGCCAUUGCUGACAAGUGGAUAGAGAUCCUGGGCACACAGGACGACUACUCCUGGAACAUGGGCAACAUUGUGCACACCCUGCAAAACAGGAGGUAUGCUGAAGACUGUGUGGCGUACGCCGAGUCGCACGACCAGGCCCUGGUUGGGGACAAGACGAUCGCCUUCUGGCUCAUGGACAAGGACAUGUAUGACUGCAUGAGCAUCGGUGCAAACAGCCACGUGGUCGAUCGAGGCGUCGCCCUGCACAAGAUGAUUCGGUUGAUCACCAUGGCGCUGGGUGGAGAGGCGUACUUAAAUUUCAUGGGCAAUGAGUUCGGACACCCAGAAUGGAUCGACUUCCCAAGAGACGACUUCACCGAUCCCUCCACUGGGAAGUUUGUGCCAGGCAACGGAGGCAGCCUAGACAAAUGCCGGCGCCGAUGGGACCUGGCGGAUUCGGAGGAACUCAAGUACAAGUUCAUGAACAAGUUCGACCGCGCCAUGAACCACCUGGACAAGGCCUUCGGUUUCAGCAAUUCGGAGCACACCUGGGUGAGCCGCAAGGACGAGGGAGACAAGGUGGUUGUUGCGGAGCGCGGGGAGCUGGUCUUCGUCUUCAACUUCCACCCAGAGAAGAGCUACACGGACUACCGUGUGGGCUGCAAGGCGCCCGGAGAUUACAAAAUCGUGCUGUCCAGCGACGAGCCCGUCUUCGGCGGCUACCAGAACGCCUCCAAGGAUAACGACGUCACGUUCGUCGCCGGCACCAUGGAGCACGACGGGCGGCCAGCCUCCUUGCAGAUCUACGCGCCCAGCCGUACCGUGGUGGCCUACGCACCUGCCAAGUUCUGCGACAAGUCUGCGGACUCCCUUCCCAGGGGCAUACCGGGUCUGGCCGUCAAGGGCAGAGGUCCAGCUUACGCCAUGUAG